CCGCAAGAACACGAAGUCGCGUCCAUGAAUCGUUCCUGACAGUCUGCGGAAGCAUGCACAUCAGAUCGAGCUGUACAGUCAGUCACUUAGCCACAACAGACAGCCUCCCGCACUCUCACAACCAUCGCUGUUAUCACUUGAGUACGUGUAGUUUGCCGUCGAUGCCCCAUGUGGCCACCAGGUUGUGCAGGGGGUGCGCUAUCAAACCGAUGACGUCCUUCUCGUGGACCUACAACACACACAGAGACACACAAGCACGUGGCCUGUUCCUCAUCCAUUCAUUUAGCGAGUAGUAAGUCACCUUGGCGAGGUGUUCGAGCUUCCCAGUUGAGUUGGAGAAGCAGUAGAGGGUGUUGUCCUCGCCACAGCAGUACAGCCACUCGCCCUUACGAGACGCUGCAUACACACACACAGGGGCAACCGACAAACACAGACGUCCCCUCUUGAUGGGUCUGGCAGGCUGUGUGUGAUCAGUGACCGACUGACCUGCUGCACAGACGAAGUCGCCGCCCUCCUUCUUGCCUGAAAUCCAAUGGGGAGAGCAAUAAAUGUGUGUACGAGUGUGUGCGCACACGCCACGGCACCUACCUGAUGAGAGUGUCUUGAGUACUUGUCCCGUGAGGUUCAUCAGGUGCAGGGUGGGCGCCCUCGUGCACACGUAUAUCAGAUCCUGCGACUGCACACACACAGACAUCCGUGCGUGAAUGGCAGUGCCGGUGUGCGUGUUAGGUCGUUUGUUACCUUUGGCGCGAGGAAGACGGCGUUGAUUUGCGGCGAGGCGUUCUCUGUGUUGAGGUGGGACGGGGGAGGGGGGGCGAAAGUCUGCAGACAGUCGGUCGUCUUGGCAUCCCACACCUAUACACAACACACAUGGCAAACGAGCGAUUGGGUGCAAAUUUCUGGCGCACAAACAUGGAUGCAUUCCCACCUUGACGCGUCCGUCGCUUGAGCCGGUGACGAUCUUGGUGCCAUCGCCGGUGAAUAUGGCGCAGUUGACGUAUGACGUGUGGCCCCUGAACUCCUUGAGCGUCUUGCCAGACUUAAGUCCGUGCAGACGGGCCGUGUUGUCGAACGACGCCGUCAGCAGCUGGCUGCUGUCCUUGCUGAACACUAUACUCGUUAUGCCUACACACACAAAAGGUGUUGUGUUGGUGUGAGGGUGUCUGUGGCUGAGCUGACACGCGCACCUCCUUGGUGUAUUUUGGUGUAUUUCUUGAGGCAUUUGCCGGUGGAUAUCUUCCAGACCUUGAGGUUGCCGUCCUGGUCGCCCGACGCCAGCAGCUCGGCGUCACGCGUGAAGGCCAAGGACACCACCGCCGUGUCGUGAACCAUGAAGGCGUCCUCAGCCUGGUAGGACAGGUCGGUCCGCAGCUUGCCAGUGAGGUAAUCCCACACCUCCACAAUGCCGUCAACAGAACUGACACAACACAACACAGGAAAGCAGAUAUGGCCGCACUUGUAUGAGUAGAGGUGGCUGGGGGAGGGGAUCGUACCCAGUGACUAGGUGCUGUCCGUCUGGCGAGAAGGCGGCGCACUCGGGGUAAGAGCGGGUGGGGAACUGACGACACACACACACACAGAACAUAACUUCAAUGGUUGGCCUGUGGUCUGUGGUCUGUGUCUGGUUUGGUACAAUGAUGGUUUUGGCAAUGUCGCUGGCGCAUUCCUCUGCCUCCUCCUUGGCUGUGGCCGCCAUACCUGAAGGAACAACGGAGGAGAAAGACCGAGGGAAAUACAGACCAGACAGAUCUUCCCUCCGACAUGUCGUUCACUCACCCCUGAAGAGAUCAAACUUCAUGCCGGGCGGGAGCAGACCUGUGUGUAAACAGACAUCACACACACACCUCGCUGCGUCGGUCCACGUGCUUCUUGUUAGCUCGUGGUAAAGUCAGCUACCUUGGUGGUUUUGCCACUUCAUGGCCUGGCCGAUAAUGGCGAGCAGCCUGGAGGGAGGGGCCGCCUGCAGAUUCUGCACCAUGUCUGCAAGGACACACACACAUCGAUGAGAUGAAGGCCAUUCAUGUAUCGGUAAUCAACUCGCACUCACCCUGGCCAAGUGCCGCUCGCCUCUUCUCCACUGUCAUGCCCUCAUACGCCUGCACGCACACACAACACACACCCAUCAUGAGCACCACCCGCCAGGAGGCCAAUCAACCACAAUGUCACCUCUUUCGAGUCGACGUGUCCCUUGUUGCACAGGUGAUCUAGCUUCUUGAAUCUGUCCGGGUGAGUCAGUUUGAGCGACUGCAGGGCGGCCGUCUCGCGCAGCAGCUGACGCGCCACCUCUGGCUCCUUCGCUUCAAGCAUCUCGCACACUAUCUGCACACACGGUUACAUCACACACACAGGAGGGGAGGGCGAAUGGAGUACCCAAUGCUGCCUUCUGCGUGUCGUUGUGUGUGCUGACGUGUUCGUAUAGGUUUUGCAGGACUUCUUCCGGCAGGUUCAUGCCCGCAGCGGUCUGCAGGACCUCCCCCCACUUGCCCUGGUUCACAUCAGCCAGGAACUGAUCCACACUCUCCACCGUGUUGUACGCAACACGGGACUCCUCCUGACCGACACAGACACACGAACACGUCAUGAGUGCCGACAACACGCAGCUCGUGUGUGUGUCGUGUGUUUGGCGUGGCAUACCUGCAGCGUCUGGAAGGUCCUGUGGAGUGAGUUCUCUUUGAGGAACUGCAAGAUGAGGCGAAUCACACUGCACCCAGCACACGCAGGCAACCACAUGGGCAUCACAGCCAUCAUCAUCGCACACACUCGUGAACUUCUGCGGUCCCUCUGUGCCUCAGCUCACUCUGAUGAGUCGAUCUCCAACCGUUCGCCCAUCUCAGUAUCCGCAGCAGCAGAUCUCAAUCACACAAGACGACCCGAAUCAGUUCGUUUUCCCGCCGUGGGACAGCCUGGCGCUUUGCGAUGAUAUGAGCGCUGCUCGUUAAGCCUCUUCACC